GCCCGAGACUUCAACGUCAUCAAAGAACAACUGCGCGUUCAAGGUACUCAUGCACAUAUAGACACCCCAGGGCAACAAAGCAAUUGGCUGGGGUCAAACGAGAAAACAGACCUUAGCAAAGAGUUGUUACUUUAUACGACUUCAUACAAAAGCCUGGCCUUCUGGUGACAUCCCGUCUGGCCACGUGAGGAACCCCUGCCGAUGCUGGGUCCAAUGGCCUCAUCUUCACCCUUAUCCUUCAACAGCACAUCAUGACGAGGUCUGAGCCGCUGACCUCGUUGGCCUUGGGUCGGUCUCCUUACGAUGAUGUAGUACAAGGAGAGGGUCCCCACGACCCCCGUUUGCCUGCUCAGGCCUAUGACGAACGCGGCAGACCCAUCAACCCCGAAGCUAGGCGCCUUAACAGAGAGCUGAUCCGGGCGCACAACGAAGUCAUGCACGCUAUUGGCGUCGCCGAGCCCGAGGAUGGCGGUGCCGAAAGGCUGGCUGCCGAGGUGGAGCGGUUAAAGGCUAAAGCCAACGCAGACCACAUAGGCUCAUGCAUGCACUACGUCGGGAUCCAUGCCCUUAAUGGAGGUAGUCUAGGAAUCGACGGUGUCAAGAGUCGCAUGCUGGCUUAUAAACGAUACGGGGAUGUCCCUCUGGCAGACCUCUACUAUUACGAGCGCAGCCAAAGAUCUCUCUUUGCCCUUUUGUUUCCUGGGCUUCCCUGCUUCAUCGCAGAUGAAUUAAUUAAUUAUGUUCGCUUUGAGACAUUUUCUCAUGUCAAGUCUUCUGUUUUAGACGCAAUAAUAGUAUACAUACGAGCUCACCUGCAUAUUUUUAUGCCCGUCCAAUCUCUCGGCCUCGCUCCCAGAAACGCAUGGUUCCCCGGACUGUCAUUCUUCCUCUUCUUCUCAGAUGAGUCUCCAGUAGCAAAACCGCCGCCUUUGCGCUCGCUUCAGCCAAGGGACAUCAUCAGCUGGCUCGGUGGAGUGGCCAUAAGCUUCGCGCCGCUCGUGGCCCACCAGCUGACCGGGCGGUUGCAAGACAUCAUGGGCCUUUUCGUGGGCUACACAUUCUACCGCCUGCUGCCAAAGCCGAGCAGGGAAGACGAGAUGCGCAGCGCCGCAUACUACUCGCCCCGGCCGGAACAGACGAGCGCCCCUGAGCAGACCCCGCUGCUCUCGCACCUGAGGGAAAACCUUCACCGGCCCAGGCGGACAUCCGACGGCGUCCCGAGGCCAGAGAGCGUCGUCCUCGGGGGAGAAGGCGGCGCGGGUCAGAGCCAGGCCCCACAUGCCGCCAUCCGCCGGCAGAGCACGUUCUCAUCGGUGCCGGCUGCGGAGGACUAUGACAGCGACGAGGACGACGAAGAGGGCACGGAGCGCGUCUUUGCUACGCUGGUACACGUGGAUAGGGACCCGGACGAACUCGCGUCGGACGGACCACCGGGCGUCUGGUCGGCCGAGCUGCGGCCCAACGCCCCGACAGAAGGCAGCGUGCGAGGCGGCGACGGGCCAAACGGCGACCACCGCGGCGUGCGCUACAACACUAACCUGCACACCCUCUUCCCGGCCCGGCUGGCGUCCGACAUCUUCCAGAGGGCCGUCGUCACCUGCCUCCUCACGCCGCUCCAGGCUGUCACCAUCAGGUUGCUGGCGCGGAGCUAUAUCGGCCGUCGGCCGGGCGGUGCCGAGGCUCUGCCGGGGGUUUUUGGCAUCUCACCGUUCAGCGACCUGUCGUGGAGGGGAGUUGGGCGCCUGGUGAUCUUGGACAUGGUGGCGUUUUUGAUCCAGGCCGAGAUCUGGUCGGUCAUGGCCCUGGUGUCCGAGUGUCUUCGGGAGGAGGAGCCUGAGAAUUAGGAAGUCUGGUUGCCUUGGUAGAUGUGUACGAACGUGUCCUCGUGGGAGGUUCAGUGGUGUAAUAGCAUCUAAUUAGCGUAGAAACAUUUGCAUUCACAAUGGUGGAAAACAAAUGGGUUGGGAGGAAUACCUUGUUUUUGAUGUAUGCCGCUGCAGUAUAUGUGUCUUUUGCUAUCCUUUCGCCCUGUUGUCGUUAUAU